CCCGCCGCGCGGUCGGUCGCGGCCGCUCGCCGUGUUCCCCGUUUCCUCCCGUUGGUGGCUCGCGAUCCCACGCAAUCCAACCGCAGCUCCCCCUCCGAUUCCUCGCGCUUUAAUUAUUCGCCGUCACGUCGCUCGCGUCCGGCUCCCCGGCCUCCCCCCCCGCACCACCGCUAGACUCCACUGCCCUCUCCCACCGCCCCGCCGGCGCCCGCCACCCAAAAGCUCCCGCGGGUCGCAUUCCCUCCCUGGCAGGCGUAGGCGGUAGGCCUCCCGUUCCCAAUUCCCCUUCCCACCACCACCACCACCACCCAAAAGCAGAGCACCACCUCUAGGCAACCUGCUAUGCUCCUACUCUACGCUCUACUCUACUAGUGCGCUGCAAGGAAAGGCACCACGCGCGCGAGUGACAGGCCAGGCCGAGCCCGGAGCGGCGGCAGCGAUGUCGUCGCCGCCGCCGUCGACCUCCCCUCCAGCCAACGGCACGGCCACGGCCCCGCCGCCGGCGCCGCCCACCGCCGCGCCGCCGCCGUCCAACACCCCCUCCCCCCCGUCGCCUCCGGCCCGGGCGCCCCCGUCCACGCCUACACCCGCGACGCCCUCCACAGCGCCACCGGAUGCGCCCGCGACGCCCUCCACCACCCCGUCUCCGGCGCCGCCCGGGACGCCCCCCGCGUCCUUCACCCCGACAGCGCCCGGCAUCCCCACGCCCAGCGGCACCAGGGCGACGCCGCCCCCCGCCACGGCCUCCAGUUCGCCGCCCUCCAGCUCGGCGCUCUCCACGCCCGUCGUCGUGGGGAUCGCGGUCGGCGGCCUCGCCGUGCUGCUGCUCGGCAGCCUGCUCUGCGUCUGCCUGUUCAGGAACAAGAAGAAGCGGCGCCACCACCACCACCCGCCGCCUCCGCCGCCGCCGCACCACCUGCACUACUACGGCCACCCGCCGCCGCCGCCUCCACCGCCGCCGCACAAAGGGGAUCAGUACCAAAAUUGGCAGCAUAAUGCCCCUCCACCACCACCUGAUCAUGUGGUCAAGAUACCUCCACCUCCUCCGCUUAACGUGCAUAGCAGUGGUUCCGCUUCAAAUCACUCAGGUGGUGACAACCGCCCUCCACUGUCACCUGGCACUGCCUUUACCUUCUCAAGAAGCACAUUUACUUACGAGCAGCUGGUGGUGGCAACCAAUGGGUUUUCUGAUGCUAAUCUGCUCGGACAAGGUGGUUUUGGGUUUGUUCACAAAGGAGUGCUACCAAAUGGCACAGAGGUUGCCGUUAAGCAGUUAAGAGAUGGAAGUGGCCAGGGAGAGCGUGAAUUCCAGGCAGAGGUUGAGAUUAUCAGCAGAGUACAUCACAAGCAUCUUGUAUCUUUGGUCGGUUAUUGCAUUUCUGGAGUCAACAGGUUGCUUGUCUAUGAGUUUGUUCCGAACAAUACAUUGGAAUUCCACUUACAUGGAAGAGGUCGGCCAACCUUGGAUUGGCCGACAAGGCUAAAAAUUGCUCUGGGUUCUGCGAAGGGAUUGGCGUAUCUUCAUGAAGACUGCCACCCUAAGAUCAUUCAUCGUGACAUAAAGGCCUCAAAUAUUCUUCUUGAUCUAAGAUUUGAGGCUAAGGUGGCAGAUUUUGGACUUGCAAAAUUCACUUCUGAUACUAACACCCAUGUUUCAACCAGAGUAAUGGGCACAUUUGGGUAUCUAGCACCUGAGUAUGCUGCUUCUGGGAAGCUCACUGAGAAAUCAGAUGUCUUUUCUUUUGGAGUAAUGCUUCUUGAGCUAAUAACUGGACGGCGUCCUGUAAGUUCGAGACAAGCGCCUAUGGAUGACAACUUGGUUGACUGGGCAAGGCCUUUAAUGACAAAAGCAUUCGAGGAUGGCAAUCAUGAUGCUUUAGUGGAUCCCCGGCUGGGAAGUGAGUAUAAUGAUAAUGAGAUGGCGAGGAUGAUAGCCUGUGCAGCUGCGUGCGUGCGUCAUUCUUCACGGCGGCGCCCACGAAUGGGCCAGGUUGUCCGGGCCUUGGAAGGCGACGUAUCUCUGGACGAUCUGAACGAAGGCGUCCGGCCCGGGCACAGCCGGUUCAUGGGAUCAUAUAGCAGCUCGGCCUCGGACUACGACACAAACCAGUACAAGGAGGACCUGAAGAAGUUCCGGAAGAUGGUGUUGGGUGGCAGCGGCGUCCAGAGCGGCAGCCAGGAGACGCCGACGAGCGAGUACGGGCGGAACCCGUCGGCGUCGAGCGGCGACGGGCACCAGACGACGACGCAGGAAACGGAGGUGGCGGGGAGCGUGAGGAAAGACGACGGCGGCAGCGCUGGAGACAGCCAGAGCCAGGCUUCCUGAGAAUAUUGGUCUUUUGGACGGUCUCGACUGUCAACCACCGCGCAUUUGUAAAUCCACCGGCCCAGCCUAGCUGAUCGAAUCGACAUAAUCUGCUGACCUGUUCGCGACGAA